CCCUCUCACACACGCACACACAGAAACACACGGCUGUUGCGCUCUUUCCCUCUCUGUAAGGUUGUCGUAUGUUCCAAUACAAUAGUCGCCUCCUCGGCUACGCCACUUGCAUACGCUGUUAACGUUGGCCGGAUCUGAGAAUGUAGAUGGGAAAAACGUUCUAAUUACAUUUUGGAGAAUACUAGGGCGACUCGACACUAUUUCAAGAUAGUCAACGGUGUACUGUUCUCACACGCGUAACACAAUGGAUCUCUCAUUUAUGGCUGCGCAGUCUGUCAUGGCGGGGGCCUUCAUGGACUCGUCACCCAACGAUGACUACAGCACGGACCACUCCCUCUUCAACUCCUCAGCCAGCGUCCACGCGGCCUCCAUGGCAGCCCAUGACCAGCCGGAGAGGGAGCCCAUGUCCCGCGACGCCAUCUGGCUUUGGAUUGCCAUCACCGCCACCAUUGGGAACAUUGUGGUCGUGGGAGUGGUGUACGCCUUCACUUUCUGAGUGGUGGGAGCCAUGAUAAAGUGUUGCCAGCAGGAGGAAGUUGCUGCACAAGAUAUUUGAACAUAAGCUCAGAAACUUGGGAGCGACAUAAGCUCAGAACUCCACAGCAGCCAAUAACCACUCUGAAAGGCUACACUGAUACAGAGGAGUGAAUGAUUAUUGCAUUGACAUCUUGUCCAUGCUUUUGAAAGACAAGGGACAAAUACAAAUACAGAAUUGAGUAUGUGUAAUAUGUUGGUCAUUUUCCUGCAGCCAGAGGUAAAAUUAUGAAAUAUUGUGUACAUAUGUUCUGUUGAUUUUACGUAAAAAUGUUAACAUUUCUGAUGAAGCUUUAAAUAUUGAAUGGACUCUAGAAAAUAGUAUACAGUGAUGUAUAGUCUACUCUGAAUAACCUCUGAGCUAAUUGGUCAAUUCUGAAAUCACCGAAAGGACGUACAAUAUUCCUACACUGAAAAUCAAAACCUUUGUAACGAAGCGUUUGGAGAUCAUUGUAUGGAAAGUAACACUGAUAUGUUUUUAUCUUCAAAGCAUUACUCCACAGAGGUUACUGUAUUCUAAAGACAUCUGCCCAAAGCUAGGAGUUUAUGACAAACAUUCUAGAAACAGAAUGCCUAAUGACUGACCUAAUGAAAAUAUAGUUCACCUGACACUAUCGGUUUUGGAUCAAGUAAAUCUAGUUCUCCCCUUUUCUUCCUAAGUGAGCCUUGAGUGCUGAAUAGACAAUCCUUUCCGAGCAAAUUCAUAUAUCAAAGAAAGUAUGGGUACACUAACUCUAUUUCCCUUAAACACCCCUAUCAGACCUCAAAUCCAUAUAAAUGGGAUAUACGAUUUAUAGAAAUUGAUGUUCACCGUGACCACUUGUUAUUUUUGUUUCCAUUCUGUUUAGCAAUCCACAUUUCACAGAUAUUUACAUGUGGAAACCAGAUUCAUCACGCUUAGAACUCACUUGGAUCCAAGCCUCUUGAUGUGACUGCUGUAACCAUAACCAUUUUUAUGUCGGUCUGAAUGUAUAUUUGGAUCUAAGAUUAUCUUUCCUCUUUACAGUCGCUCAAUACAUUGUAACCCAAACUGCAUUCCAAGCCAAAUACUCAAAGUAUAAACGCAACAUGUAAAGUGGUCCCAUGUGUCAUUUGCUGAAAUAAAAGAUUCCAGAAAUGUUCCAUAUACACAAAAAGCUUCUUACUCUCCAAUUUUGUGCACAAUUUUUUUUUACAUCUCUGCUAGUGAGCGUUUAUCCUUUGCCAAGAUAAUCCAUCCACCUGACAGGUGUUGCAUAUCAAGAAGCUAAUUAAACAUGAUCAUUACACAGGUGCACCUUGUGCUGGGGACAAUAAAAGGCCACUCUAAAAUGUGCAGUUUUGUCACACAACAUAAUGCCUCAAAUGUCUCAAGUUUGGAAGGAGUGUGCAAUUGGCAUGCUGACUGCAGGAAUGUCCACCAGAGCUGUUGCCAAAUAAUUGAAGGUUCCUUUCUCUAACAUAAGCCGCCUCCAACGUCGUUUUAGAAAAUUCGGUAGUACGUCCAACCGGCCGCACAACAACAGACCGCGUGUAACCACACCAGCUCAGGACCUCCACAUCUGGCUUCUUCACUUGUCGGAUCAUCUGACACCAGCCACCCGGACAGCUGAUGACAAUUAGGAGUAUUUCUGUCUGUAAUAAAGCCCUUUUGUGGGGGAAACUAAUUCUGAUUGGCUUGGCCUGGCCUGGCUCCCCAGCUGUGCCCAUUCAUGUGAAAUCCAUAGAUUAGGCCCUAAUGAAUUGAUUUCAAUUGACUGAUUUCCUUAUAUCAACUGUAACUCAGUAAAAUCUUUGAAAUUGUU